UUCAUACAUGCGCACGAGAGGCGAGGAUAUUUCCCCGUGUUCUACAAUCUCGAGGCAAAAGGAUUGUUUCCAAAAGGAACCAACAUGCUUGCUGCCUUUGUUUCAGGAAAUGAAGCUAAGAGAAUCGAACAGCAACCGAAUUCAGAAACCAGCGCGGAGAUCACAAAUGUCCUUCGUACCAUCUUUGGAAAUGAAGUUAUUCCACCAACUGAAAUCAUGCACUCUGGCUGGAGUAUCAACCCCUUCACCUAUGGCGCUUACUCAAACUGGCCGGUUGAAGUGUCAGAAGAAUGCUUCAAAAAGAUCGAAUCUCGAGUCGGUCCAAUAUUUUUUGGAGGAGAGCACACAGAUCCCAUUUACAACGGCUACAUUAUUGGUGGUGAACUUAGUGGUAAAAGGGAGGCCAUGAAAAUUCUUGAUUGUAUGAACAUUCGUGAUGUUGAUGAGUGUCCAAUAUGGAAAGAGGUGAAGAAGCCAGAUUGUGACUGUACAUCAGGUGCAUCUAUAAUUACCAAAAGUGUUGGCCUACAUUUAGUUGCACUGUCCGUGUUUUUGGUGCUCAUGAUGUAAGAAAUAUAGCGGUUUUCUAGUUCUAAUACCGGUAAAUUAUAUACAGUAGUAUUUUUCUGUUCCAAAAAGACUACAUUUCAGACUUCAGUUGUGACAGUUUUUGAGGCAUUUUAUUAUUUUUCUAAAAAAUAUUUGAUAAUGUAUUUAUAGAACUUAGGAAGCAACAAGAGUUGAAAACAUCAAUAUUACUUUAAAUAUAUGGUUAUAUGAGAUAUCUUCCAUGCAGAGGGGAGCGUACAUUUGUUCAAGGACAUGGUAAAUAUAUGUUGUAGAGGACGGGGGAAUGAAUUCCAAUGCUGACUUGAGAAUAAGCAAUGAAUUGAGCCAGGACCUGCGGAUUUAUUAACAUUGAUGUCAUUAAAGUAAUAUUUCAACAGAUUGAAGGCAUAGAUGUCAAUAUCAGGUUUUACAGAGUGACUCGGUAAUUUGCUUGCGCUUAGUUUUCUUAGUGUCACUGGUAACCCAUGGGGAGUGCAUUUUUUCAUUGUACCAAUAAUUAUUGGACAUUAAACAAUAUCAUGAUUAAUAUUACCAUUCCAUAAAUCAUGGUGCACACUGCAUCGAUUUCCGACGCGAAUUUUAAGAUCACAAAGCAAUAUAUUGAUACCAGCUCAGAACUGCAGAAGCAGGCUAACUGGCAUUGCAUUUGAAAAAUACUUGUUGAAGAAUUCAGAGAUACAGUUGGUACAGAAUACUACUAUGUGAACCAUAAUUUUAGAAAGACCCCGCAAAUUGAAAACAAAUCUGAAUACUAUACAUUUUGAAAAGACGGCGUCUGUCAAAUUCUCCCGACUUCCUGAUUUCUUGUCUCGAUACCGUGUUAGUCGUAAAGUCAUCUAUGAUGUCUUCAACCCAGCGGCGGAUCCAGGAAUUAAAAGGAAAUAAUGAGAGCUCAGAGAGGGGCUCUUACAGAUGGAGGGUCUAUACCUCUCAGCCCCAUCAUGAUUAUGGCACCAACACUUGAAUAGGCUAGGCUGUAAUGUUCUUUUUAUCACUAUUUUUUUUUUAUUUUGAAAAAUUUAGAGCCUCUGCACAACGAAGAUUUGGCCAAAUUCCGUUUUAGAAUGCAUGCGAGAAUUCAACGUUAAUUUCGCAUAGCCAGACGACUUUAUGUGACGUCAUUAAGUUCAACAUCCUACCAUCGAAAGCUCCAAAUGCUGUUGUUUCGCCCAUUAUACACGGGUAUUUUAUUCAGGCACAGGGCGAAGGUACUAUGGAGUGACUACUCUAGUUUUAUAAUGUAAUGAAUUUUCUGAGAGACACCUACCGUAUAAUCUGUAUCAACGUCACUAGUUUAAUUUGCAUUUUUGCUUGGAGGUACAGUUUGUCGGUCAGUUGAUCCAUUGACAGUACCGAUUUUCAUGUUGUUGGAGCCAUUUAAACAAUUUCUACAUUCUAAA